GAGUACUCCAGGCCUGGGAGGAGGUGUGAGAGAGGUAUGCUGAUAACAGAGUCUAAGUAGAUCAGCAUGCUCAGUUCGAAGCACAUCCCACGUUUGUCUUCAGUACAAUUUUCUUUAGACAAGAAAGACAACCUUGAAAAUGAAGUGGGGCACCAUUUCCCUAAUUACGUUCCUGAUGGCUUUUCCCUUUGGCCUGAAAGGUGUUGCAUCCAGCAGUGUGGAGGUUCACGGCAUUUUGGGUGAUACAGUUUUAUUGCCUGCUCCGGAAUUCACAGGCACACCAUUCCGUAUACAAUGGCUUAACGUAACGUCUGGCAAGUCAACACUUAUUCUACGUAAGCAAUGGAACACUCCAAGUGAAGAUUCAGAGAAAUACAACAUAUUAAAUAAUGGAAGCCUGACAAUAGAUAAUUUGGUGAAGGAAGAUGCUGGAAAUUACAAAGUGGAUGGACAUAACAAAAGCGGAGCUGCAUUAUUUAAGGAAACCACUGUCACUUUGAAAGUUCAUGAUCGUUUGCCUCAGCCACUGCUCAUUGAGAACUGCUCUGACAAGUCAUUGAUCUGUCAGGUGGAACCCAGUUCAAGUCAAAAGCUCAAAGUAACGCUGUUUCAAAAUAAUAAAUUGAAAAUUAAUCAAGAACCAAAUCAUGCCAAUGGGACAUGGAGGUGGACAUUUCAACAAUCAAGCCUUGUAGGGAAAUUCAAGUGUGAGAUUGCCAGUGAUCAUAUCAAGAAUCAGAAUGAGAAGGAAAUCAACUGCCUGGGACCAGCCUCUCAGCAGUUCAGAUUGAUUUACAUCAUCAUGAUUGGAGGAGGUGUUGUCAUCAUUAUCAUCUGUAUGGCUCUGAUUGUUUACUGUGUCAGAAGGAAGAGAGCAGAAAGACAUGAAAUAGAAGAUCAGGAGAAAGAGCUGCAGGCCUGGAUUGCAAAUGAUGACUUGAAACAUCGGAAACUUCCUCAACCUCCAGUUCAUGCUGUCCCAAACCAGGCACCCCAGCAACAACAAAGGCUGCCACUAGUUCGUUCUGAACAGCAUCAGCCAGGUGGGCCACCUCAGCCAUGCCCCCGUCCGCCUCAACGGAAACCACCACGACGCAUGAAAGAAGGACCAUAAAUUCUAAUGUGUCAUGCACUAUCACAUUUGCCUAUGUCAGCAAGCUUUAAUGGGCAGUUAUAAACUUCUCAUACUUGCAAUAUGAUUUCAACAAAGUCACUCUGGGAUGACCAAUUUAUAUUCAGUAGCUGAAGUAUUCAGCUGAAGUACAUACACAAACAACACCCACACUCCACUCUUGCCCUGAGAGAUGUGCAUUAUAGAUCCUGAGUGCGAAAACUAUCUUCUUAUCUUAACAACCUGGAUUGCAGGUUCCUUUGUUGGCUUCUUCUACAGAAUGUUAUGUUUGCUCUCUUCUAGUUGCAUCAUCCAUUUAUUCUUGCAGUGAGCAGUUUAGCCUCUCAGAGAGCUCCAUGUGCUCAUCUAAUAAAUCUAAUGAAUUCUAAUAAUUCAACAUAUAGAAUUCUAAUAUAACAUAAGGUAAGACUUGCUCACAUGUCAUAUGUAACAGAUUAAGUUCAUAAAGGUUUAUGCUAUAAUAUAGUUAUUCAUCUUUAAAGACCCAUUAAUAAUAAUCUUCUGUAGUUCUUGCUGCAACAGGCCAACUCCACAAUACUGUGGAUCACUGGUUUCAGAUCUUUUGCUGUCUUCCUUACAUCCUAGUUUGGAGGAAUGGAUAUGAAUCAGAAGACAUUUUCAUACCUAAUGAUACUGAGAGAUUCUGUAUGUAAGAGGCAAGGAAAUUGCACCUAGUAUUGUAUAUAAAGGUGGACAUAUGCAUAGAUACAUAGAGGUAGUAUGUGCAUAUACUGCCUGCACAUAAGUUUUGCCUUGAAAAUUUGGGGCUCCAGAUAGUGUGGUUAUGCAUGCAAGCUCUUUACAGUUUUUAAUCCUCCAAGCGCUCAUUGAACCAGAAUACAUACUUGGAACAUGGCAAACACUAGCAAGCUCUGAUCAAAAGCACUACUAGUGCCUAGUUUGGCCAUGUUUAGAGUAUUGCUGGAAGGUUGCUGGGUCGCAAUAAAGUUGUUGGGGCCUCUAGAGUGUGUGUGUGUGUGUGUGUGUGUGUGUAUGAAAUAUCUGUAGUACAUGGGAAGUGCAUAGCUGUUCUUUGUUUAUAUUUGCAACAGAUGUAUAUCAAUUAAAUUUCCCUGAACAUAUUUUGGUGAGCUUAAGAAAUACUGUAUAAUAAAUUGAAGAAAUUUACAAAAGGAAGAACUGACUGUGAUCUCCUUGUCAGGAACCAGA